UGUAGUAGUGUUUCAAUGGGUGCAAUCUACAAUGUCGGCGAUUCUGUCGGUUGGACAAACAACGGUUCUUUCAAUUACAAAUCUUGGUCUUCCACUAAGACUUUCCAAGUCGGCGAUACAAUUGUGUUUGAAUACAAACCACAGUUUGAUAACGUUGUAAGGGUAACCCACAAGAACUUCAACUCUUGCAAUUCGACGGCCGGAUACUACAAUCUUAGCUCCGGCGCCGACUCCAUAACCAUAAUGAAACCGGGUCAUUUUUUCUUUAUUUCUGGAUUUCCGGGUCAUUGCUUAUCGGGUCAGAAGGUUGAUAUUCGGGUCGGGUCGGGUCUUCAACCGACUUCUCCAGCACAGUCUCCUGCACCUUCACCACACUAUAAGAAUGCUGCAAUUUCUAUCUCUUCGUCUUCUUGUUUGUUUUUCUUUUUGGUUUUUCUAGCUUCAACUUUUGUUUAUUGA